AAUAACAGGGACAUUGUUCGAAAAAAACUAGUAGAGACGGCCUGGAUCUCGAGAACCCUAAAGACUUGCUUAAUUACCACCGUCUGGGUUUUAAGUUCUAGCCACGUACUGGGAUCGGCCUGGAAAGAGACGACGACGACCACCACCACUAGCAGCAGCGGCAGGAGGAGGUGGCUGCUAGUGCUAGCUGAAGCUCCCCCCGGAAGAGCAUGAAAAGCUUGGUGCACGGCCACGUCAACGUCGGCCUCAUCGCCGGCGUCCUCUUCGUGCUCCUCACCUACCUCGUCGUCUCGCAGCAGACUGCCCUCAGCCGCCCCAACGUUGUCACUACGGUAUCACAGUGGCUAUCGACUAAUAAACAGCAGAAUGAAGGUCCCGGUGAAACAGUUGUCACUACGGAAGAGCAACAGAUCGUGGAUAAACAGCUGAUUCAAGGCUCAAGUGAAUCAGAGAAGGUCAGCAACAAGGUGGUGUGCAGCACGGAGGAGCGUUUUUCUGACUACUGCGAACUCGAUGGCGACGUCCGCAUCAACGGCAAAGCCUGGUCGGUGGACAUCGUGCCCCCGGGCUGGUCGUCGGAGCAGCGGCGGGAGUGGAAGAUCCGGCCGUACUCGCGCCGGAGCGCGUCCAACGUCGACACGCUCAACGUGACGCAGCUGCAGGACCCGGCGUCCGCGCCGGCGUGCACGGUGACGCACCACGCGCCGGGCGUCGUGUUCGCGCUCGGCGGGUACUCGGGCAACGCCUUCCACGACCACGCCGACGUGCUCCUGCCGCUGUACCUGACGUCGCUGCGGUACGACGGCGAGGUCCAGCUCCUCGUCAUCAACCGGGUGCAGCCGUGGUGGCUGGGCAAGUACAGGCUCGCCCUCCGGCGGAUGUCCAAGUACGACGUGGUGAACCUGGACGGCGACGCCCACGUCCGGUGCUUCCCGCACCUCACCGUCGGCCUCCGCCUGCACAUGGACUUCGGCGUCGUCCCCGAGAUGGUUCCGGGGCAGGGGCACCGCCGCGUCUCCAUGCCCGACUUCACCAGGUUCCUGCGCGAGGCGUACGCGCUCCCUCGCGGCGCGCCGGUGAAGCCGGGCAAGAAUCGGCCGCGGCUCAUGCUGAUCCAGCGGCAGCGCACCCGGCGGUUCCUGAACGAGGCGGAGAUGGUGCGGGCGGCGGAGGCGGCGGGGUUCGAGGUGGCGGUGACGGACCUGCUGAUCGACGCGGCCGUGGACGAGCAGGCGCGGGUGGUGAACUCGUUCGACGUGAUGGUGGGCAUCCACGGCGCCGGGAUGACGAACGAGGUGUUCCUGCCGCCCGGCGGGGUGCUCGUCCAGGUGGUGCCGUGGGGGAAGCUGGACCUGAUGGCCAGGGUCGAGUACGGCGAGCCGGCGGCGGACAUGGGGCUCAAGUACCUCUGCUACAACGUGACGCUGGAGGAGAGCUCGCUGCCGGAGCUGCUGGGGCGCGACCACCCGGCGAUCAAGGACCCGGACUCCAUCCACCGCAAAGGCUGGGCUGCCAUGUUCGACAUCUACAUGACCAAGCAGGACGUUCGGCUCGACAUCGAACGCUUCGCGCUCACGCUCGCGGAGGCCAUGGACCACCUACGCAGCCUGCAGUAGUAGGAGCAGGCCACGUGUUGAUCCCCGGAACUCGAUCGUCUUGAUUUUGCGUGAAGUCCGAUCCUCGUAUGGACAUGGGGUGUAGCAACACAGCAUUUUUUUUUUCGUUUUUGAAGAUUAAAUAUCCCUACAAGUGGAGCAGUACAGAGAUGCAUGGUGGCCUAUAUUGAUUCGCUAGAGUGACAGCAGAAUGAAUGGAACUGUUUGAUCGGAUCAUUAAUUACCCGACGACAUGUCGAUCGCAUCGAGCACUAGAACUUUAUUGUAUACUGUACCAUUUCGAUAUCUGAUGUGGUUUGAAAAUUCUAAAUUUUGAAUUUUAAAA